AUUGUCUUAUUUGAUUAUACUGUUUAACUUUCUCUAUUCAUCAUCAUUAUGGAUCAUCUUGUCAUUAGCUCAACUCAUUUCAUGUGAUCAUUUUAUUCACUGGUUAAUUAUUCAUCUUGAAAAUUAUCCUCUUGAUUAUUACAGUUUGAUUUGCAAUGUCAUCCUGAUCUGUGUUUAGUUGAAUGGAAUCACACAAUUUCUCAUGUUCUCCUUUUUUUUCUUUACUUCAUGUGCUGCCAUUUUUACACGCUUCUGUUAUUAACAUCUCUCUCUUUCUCCCUCCUUUUCUCCUCACUCAAUCUUCUCCCUUCUCCUCUCCCUCUCUCCUAGUUUUUCCAAUGAUCGUUAAAGGUCAUUUGAUUUAUUGAUUGUUCAAUUUUUUUAAUAACCAGUGUUUGAGUGGUGAAGAAACAAAUAAAGUUGCUGAAGGAAAAACAAUAAGAGAAUAUUUUCAACUUUUCUUUCAUUUCUUCAUGUAAAAUUACAUUUUUCCCUAUUACCUUGAAUGAUUGUCUGCAAUAGUCAAAAGGCUUACAUAUUCAACAGUUGACUUUCAAUUUUGUUGUAUCAUUUGAAUGUUAUCUUCUGUCAUCUACCUGGUGCCAUUCAGUUUUACGUCAUUUACCAGUGCCAGUUACUUGGAUUUAAAGUUGAGACAGUUCAAAAUUAGGAUCAAGAUCAUUUCAAUGAUACUUUGGUUAAACUUAUAUUGACGAUUAAAGAAGAACCAAGACAAACUUUGGAUUAAGAGGGAAAUGAAACAAGCUUGUUUUACUGUGAUAAAAGUUACGAUUUUUACAAAUUGAAAAAAAUUAUUGUGCUAAUGCAUUAUGGAUGAUGGCCUCAAUUGUAUUGAUGUUAAAUCAAUGAGCUCAACAACGACUUUAUUCUUAUCAUCAUCUUCAUCCUCAUCAUUGUCAUCAUCCUCAUCUCCACCACUUACACCAGAUUCAGCUACGAAACUAUCACGAGUGAAGGGAAAGAAAUCAAAAUGGACUUGUAGCAAAAAUCUUCCCUGUAAAACUGUCAAACUGGAAACUCGUAAAGUUACUUCACUCGUUGAUCGAAUCGAUUAUUGUUCAGAAAGAUUUUCUCAACCCUGCGUUCGUUCAUCAUCUUUACCACAACCUCAACAACCACCACCAACAUCAUCAUCAACAUCAUCAUUAUCUAUUUCAUCGUGGCACACAAUGACUAGUCAUUCACCAUUGGGACAUUCAAAACAAUCAAAUCAACAAAUUUCGAGUCAAUCACAAGCAAAACAACAAACUCAUCGUCAAUAUCAACGUUCAUAUAGUGAGGACCUAAAAUCAUCCCGAAUUUUGGAAACUGGUGAAACAACUUGUUGUCCUACGGAUGCACCAACCAUUGCACAAGCAUUAUGGCGUCCUUUAUGGCCUCCUGGCUGGCGUCCAAGAGGUUCACUAUCAUCAUCAUCAAAUAAGUGCAACACCAACACAAACUCCUCUACAAACAGCAACAGUAACAGUUCUAGUAACUCUAAUAACAAUAAUUACAACAAACGUACCACUAGUAUUUUUAGCAAUAAUAAUAAAAGUGAUUAUCACAAUAUUACCAGCAACACGGGUAAUACACUGAAAAACAUCUUUAAGCGUCCACUCAUUGUUAUGAGUGAACACCGAGAAGAUCAUCGUUCCGGAUCUUCUGGUGUUUCAGUGGCUGAUGUUUCUAAAUCAGGAACCAGUAAUGAGGAGGAGAUAAGCAGGCAAAGGACAAGUACAGACAGUGGUAUAAUAAGUGGUAAAGGAGGAGGUGGAGCAACCAAGGAAGGCAUUAAUCGUUCAUUAAGCAGUGUAAAUGAAAAUUGUUGUGUCAGUGUAAAUACUGCUUCCAAUUUAUCAUGUGUUAGUGAAUCUUGCUUCAAUUGUACUCAACAAUCAAAGUCAUCAAAGCAACAACAAACAUCUUCUCAAACAUCCUCACCAUCAACAACAUCGACAACUGCUCCUAAUAAUCGUCUCAUCACCUUAUCAUCGGGUCGUCUCAGAUUGGGACCAACUUCAAAUGAUGUUACAUCUUCAGUGGAAGAGUACGAAUCAAUGGAAGCCUGGUUAGAUGAACAUCCUAAAUUUUUGUGUGAUUAUGUUAUUCGGAAAGCACCUCGAUCAACUAUAGAUGCUUGGAUUCUUGCACAUUCAAUUCCCCACUCAGGAUCUUCAUGCGGAACUGCAACAAAUUCAUCUGCCUCUGCACCAGCUUCCGGUGCGGCAACGCCGGUUCGUAAGAUAUCGGCUCAUGAAUUUGAGAAAGGUUCACUGUUUCUUCCGCCAAUGGUUUCGACCACUGAAGAAGGUAUACCAACAUUUCUUCAACCACCAACUCGAGAUGAUUAUCAUCCAUCAUCUCAUUAUUCACCCCAUUCACCUCACCAACAACAAUCCUUUUUAAAUUCAAACCUAUCAACUUCGGAUUAUAGUUACCUCAGUUCGAGUUCAUUAGGACCAUCUUUAACUUUACGUCAACCACUUACAUCACUGUCUUCACCAACAUCCUCAUCCAUCUCAUCGUCUUCAGUCUGUGCAGCAACCGCUGAAACAGCAGCUUUAUUACAGGCAACUUCAUCAACUGCAGCAACUCCUCUCACUUCAUCCUCAUCACCAUUAACUGAUAUCUCAUUUCCAUCAUCAAGUGUUCAACGAACACGCUCCCAGUUUGAUGGUCUCGAUGAGAAGCAAUUAAUUUUUGAACUGGUCAAAGACAUUUGCAAUGAUCUUGAUGUUGUCAGUUUAAAUCUCAAGAUACUUAAGAAUGUUUCCCUCCUGACCAAUGCUGAUCGUUGUUCCCUUUUUCUGGUCAAAGGUGAACCCGGUGAUCCAAAUAGACAUUUUGUUCCCACCUUGUUUGAUGUUUCAUCUAAACAACCUUCGACCUCAUCAACUGCAACCACAACUGAUACCACAAUUAAACUGGAAUCAAUCAAAGUUCCCUGGGGCCAAGGAAUUGUUGGUUAUGUUGCUGAAUCAGGUGAAUCUGUGAUUAUUGAUGAUUGCUACAAAGAUUCACGUUUUUCUGAUUUAGUUGACCAAAUGACUGGUUUCAAAACUCGAAAUAUGCUUUGUUCACCCAUUUUUGAUAAUUUUGGUCAAGUGAUGGGAGUUGCCCAGGUCAUCAAUAAAUUACCCAGAAAUCGAUUGUCCAUUCCAUCAAAUUCAUUUUCAACUCAUACCAUUAACAACAAUAAUCAAAUUUCUAGUUAUCACAAUAAUAGCAAUAACGUCAAUACAAAUAAUUUUGUCAGCAAUGAUCAUAACAUAAAUAAUAAUAAUAAUAAUGUGUCAACAGUCAGCUUUACUUUGGAUGACCAACGUAUAUUUAACCAGUAUUUACAGUUUUGUGGCAUUGGAUUAAGAAAUGCUCAACUCUUUGAAAGAUCUCAACUGGAAAACAAGCGUAAUCAAGUUUUACUUGAUUUAGCUAGAAUGGUUUUCGAGGAACAGUCAACAAUCGAGCAAAUUGUUUAUCGUAUAAUUGUUCAUCUUCAAUCGUUAUUGGGUUGUGAACGAUGUCAAGUCCUUUUAGUCUCUGAAUCGGAUAGUCAAGAUUUAUUUAAUGAUCAAACUGAUAAUGGUGACAUUGAAAUUAGUCCAAUUUGGAGCCAAUAUGAAUGUGAUCAACAUGAAUCAAGAGAUGGACCAGUAAUAGGUGAUUCAAAUAGUCGAACAUUUUCUCGAGUUUUUGACCUUUCAAUGGAUGAUUUGAAAGAAAGUGAAUCUAGUAAUGUUAGCAACAUUGAAGGACCAGACAGCAAUAAUAACAAAGCAAAUGAAGGAAAAGAGGUUGAUCCAGUUUCAACUACAGCCAACAGUCAUUCAUCAAAUUUUGCAGCUCAACCUUUUGAAAACAGAUUCCCAAUAAACAUUGGAAUUACUGGUUAUGUUGCUGCAACCGGUGAAACUUUGAACAUUCCCAAUGCCUAUCAAGAUGCACGAUUUGAUACAUCCGUUGAUGCCUUUGAUCCUCGAGGAUUUGUUCAUAAAAGCAUACUUUGUAUGCCCAUUAGAAACGCUAAUCGACGGAUUAUCGGCGUUUCUCAACUCGUUAACAAACUAAAUGGUCAACCAUUUAAUAAAAACGAUGAAAACCUUUUCGAGGCAUUUGCUAUAUUUUGUGGUAUGGGAAUUCACAAUACACAGAUGUAUGAAAAAGCAAUGAAAGCAAUGGCCAAACAACGGGUUACCUUUGAAUGUCUUUCAUACCAUGCAACGGCACGAAGAGAGGAAGCUACUCUUUUGUCUCGUGAACCAAUACCGUCAACUCAAGCACUUAGGCUGGCUUGCUUAGAUUUUCAUGAUUUCUCAUUGGAAACAGAUGAUAAAAUGGUCAAAGCUUGUAUUCGAAUGUUUUUAGAUCUUGAUUUGAUCAACCGUUUCUCCAUUGACUAUCUCACUCUUUGUCGUUGGCUCCUCUCUGUUCGCAAAAACUAUCGUCCUGUAACUUAUCACAAUUGGCGUCACGCUUUCAAUGUAGCUCAAAUGAUGUUCUCAAUUCUUGUCUCAACUACUUUGUGUACCUCGUUGGGAGAGCUUGAUACUUUGGCUCUUAUUAUGGCUUGUUUGUGUCACGAUUUAGACCACAGAGGAACCAAUAACUCUUUCCAAAUCAAGUCUAGUUCACCAUUGGCUACACUUUAUUCAACUUCAACCAUGGAACAUCAUCAUUUCGAUCAAUCUUUAAUGAUUUUAAACUCAGAGGGUAACCAAAUUUUGUCCAAUCUGUCUCCAGCUGAGUACAAGCGUGUUGUUCGUGUAAUGGAAGAGGCUAUUUUAGCGACCGACCUUGUUGUCUAUUUUACGAACAGAGAAGCCUUUUUUCGUCUCAUUGAAUCAGGAGAUUACCACUGGGAUUCCAAUGAAUUGGAUAAAAAGUUACUUCGGGGUAUGCUGAUGACUGCCUGCGAUAUUGCCGCGAUUACCAAACCAUGGGAAGUUCAAAAAGUCGUCGCCGAACUUGUGGCAACAGAGUUUUUUCAGCAGGGCGACAUUGAAAAGGAAAAGCUCAAUUUACAGCCAAUUGAUAUGAUGAAUAGAGAAAAAAAAGAUGAACUUCCCCGACUUCAAGUAGCUUUCAUUGACUCUAUUUGUUUACCCAUUUUUUCCGCUUUUGCAUCAUUAUAUCCCGAGAGCUUGGGCAGUUUGGAGAGAGGAGUAGUGGAAAAUAAGCGGCAAUGGCUAUACCAAGCAUUGGGACAUCCUAGUCUUCGGGACUGGGCUAUGGAAGAAUUAGGGAAUAUGUCAUCCAGUGUGACUCCGUUUAUUCAAUCAUUUACUUGAUUUUAUCUUUUGCAUUUGAUUCCUAUUUUCUAACCCCUCAUUCUCGUUUAUGUUCAAAUUUAAAGUUGUAUAUUAAAUUAAAUCAUGCAAAGUUGAUUGUGUUAUACUUGA